AUGCAAACUAUAAUACUUUUGAAGCAUACGCAACAUCUGGAAAGAAUUAUAAUUUACAAAUUCUUACAAUAUUGUCUUUCCACUGGAUUAAUAAAUAGUACAGUGUUUUACUUAACAAGUAGAAAGUGGAAGCAGAGACGAAAAAUUAUGACACCAACCUUCCACUUUAAUAUUAUUAAACAUUUUGUAGCCACUUUUAACGAGGAGGCACAGUAUCUUCUAAUAAUAGCAGAAAGGAUACUAUUUCACGAACAAACUAAAGGGAAAUAUUUACAAAAUGUUCAAGAAAUGGAUGAGAAUCAGAUUUUUUCCGAAGAAAGCGAUCAAAAUAAUAAGAAUCCGAUAUUCAAGAAAAGACUGGCUUUGUUAGACCUACUCAUAGCCGCUUCUCUGAAUGAUAAUCAACUCGAUGAAGAAGGAAUUCGAGAAGAAGUCGACAAUUUUAUGGCUGCGGGUUACUCCACUACGGCAACGGCGUUGUGCUUUGCUCUGUAUCUUAUUGCAAAGCACAAAGAUGUUCAGGUUAUAUUUUCUUUCGAAGUAUUUAACAAAUUUCGAUCAAAUGAGCCGUGUUAUACAUCUAUAAAUGAUUGUAAACUAACUAUUCAAAUGCUUCAAGAAUUUUCGUAUUUGGAAAGAUGUCUCAAAGAAUCACUACGUUUAUAUCCAAGCGUUCAUUUUAUAGCUCGAUAUAUAUCUCAUGGUCUGCAGCUGAAGAAAUAUUUAAUCCCAGCCGGAUCAAUAUGUAACGUAAACAUCUAUAGCUUGCACAGAAAUCCAAAUAUUUGGAAAAAUCCUGAUAUUUUCGAUGCGAAUAGAUUAUUACCAGCAAGUAAAAAAGGACGUAAUCCUUAUUCCUUCAUUCCAUUCAGUGCAGGAGCAAGAAACUGCAUCGAUAAAAAAUUCGCAAUGCUUGAACUCAAACUCUUGGUGCAACUCAAAAAUAUUGCACAAAUUCUAUUUGAAACCUAUAUCCACAAGAACUGA